GGUGCUUUACAUAACCGGUCCACGGGUCUGCUGCUGUCGUUGUAGCCCGUCUCGUACAUCGCGCUUGAUCUGCCAUCGUCAAGGAAGGGGAAGCGUCUUCUAAGACGCAGACGAACACAAACACAAACGCCCAUCGCAAGGGUCCCACGAACUGGCUGUCCGUUCGUCCGUCCGGCUGUCUGUCUGUCUGUCUCCGCCGUCUGGACACUAGGGGGACCCGCUACGAACGGCCGCAGUCGCAGUCUUUGUUGUGCACUCGCUCCGAACGGAGUCAACGUCGGCGAAGCAGUAACGUCGCCGUGAAUCGCUCUUUCAGCUGAAUAAAGACACACACACACAGGUCGAGUGAAAAUAUAAAAAAAAUGGCACUGCUACUCCGUGUGACCGUUGCGUGCGGUGCAGUUCUAGCGCUGGUGACCGUUCGCGGUCAAGCGGCGAACCCAACAACCGAAGCGUUUGGGCGCAACGAAAUCGUGCCGGAUCUGAUCGACGUCGCACCGGAGCAAACGAUCAAGAUCACCUACCCCCAGUCGGACGUGGAAGUGUCGCUCGGCAAUCAGCUCACGCCGACCCAGGUAAAGGCCCGCCCGAAGCUGUGCUGGGAGGUUGAGCCGAGCGCCCUCUACACGCUGCUGAUGGCCGAUCCGGAUGCACCGUCGCGCAGCAAUCCGGAGAUGCGCAGCUGGAAACACUGGCUGGUGGGUAACAUCCCCGGCGCGGACGUCGAUGCGGGCGACGUGCUGGCCGAUUACGUCGGUUCCGGACCGCCGCAGGGUACCGGGCUGCACCGGUACGUGUUCCUCGUCUACAAGCAGCCGUCCCGGAUUGUGUUUAACGAAACCGUGCUCAGCAGCAGGAACCCGAACCGUGGCAAGUGGAAUCCGGCCGAGUUUGUGAAGGAUUACGAGCUGGGCGUCCCGGUUGCCGGCAACUUCUACCAGGCCCAGUACGACGACUACGUCCCGGAGCUGUACGCCACCUUUACGGAUACGGCGUAGAAGUACGCGACCAAAAAACGAGGCAGGAUCUUCGUUAAUCGUUAAACUCCCCUCCCCAGUUCCCCUUGCUUCCUUCCGUUGCGUUCCCUUCCCGUAUCCUCUCACACCCACACACACGCGCUCCUCCAUGUCCCCACACACAACUUGUUUUUCGGUUCCAUCCACCGCACAAAAUCACCGUGUUACAAUAAAAAAACAUAACGAAAAAAAAGUACUUCGCAAGAAGAAACGAA